AUGAGUCUACUUUUAGGUUGUGGUGUUUGCUGUUUCCUUUUAAGUAUAUGGGCAGUUCUACAAUUGUUUGUAAUGGGGAUUUUCUUUAAAAUGGAAGUGCUUGCGUUCAUAGAAGAAGCUGAACCCGAUCACCAUGGGUAUGACGACUACGAUGACUUUAUGAAACAGACAAAGGAAAACUAUAAGACGAUAGCGAUCAAUUGUUGGGUUGCUGCAGUAAUUUAUUUAGUAACGUUGGGUUUAUCUUACUUUUGUAUUAAGCAUGCAAAGAAUAAAGAGAGGCUUGCAAGAGACAAUGUUCAAGAUGAUGAAACCUACUGUAAGGAUAAAGCAAAGAAGUCCUAAGAGUCAUAGUUUCAAGCAAUUCUAAUUUAUUUUAUUAUCAAUUUCUUUAUAACAAGGUCAAUCGAUUUCUGUAAUUGUCUUGACAAUGUUAUAUUAACAUAGGGCUCUUGUUGUGAGUAGGUAAAAUGUUAAGUUUUAUUCUGUUUUUUAAUAUAUUUUCUAAAAUUUC